UAGUAGUAUAAGAUAAAUUAUGGAAGCCCAGUGCAAUCCAUCAGGCCGCAACAUACAUAAAAAGCCCAAGCUCUGAUAAUUCAUUUACAAUUAUUUUCCGGCAUAAUCUGCUUCCCUGCUGCCUCUCUCCCUCCGUCGGCGACUCCUACACACGGAGAAUAGACAAUGGCUCUAAGGCGUAUGCUUGGAUUCUCUGAUGGAGAAUUGAUGCGAUCGGAUGCAAAACCAUGUUCGCGGCUGAUGAGGCACACUGCUGGAAUUUGUUCUGUUGGAGGAGCAUUGGGCUUUUGGACUCUCUGCCGCUUGUAUUAUGGUCCUAGAAUAACAGUUCCUCGAACUCUUAGGUGGGCUGCUUGUGGUGCUGUCUCUAUGAGCGCAUCCACAGCUUUGUUGGUUCGUCUACUCAGCCCUGAAUGUGAACCCCAAAACAUAGCUGCUUACGACCAGAAACGAUAACUGUGGUGGUACGUUGCUUACUUCUUUGAAGAAAACUUGAUUUAGCUAGAAAAAUGAACGAGAUCUAUGAAUCUCAGUGUCGAAAGACAAGAGUGUACUCUAGUUUUUAGAGGAGACGUUGUGGUACGGAUAUACAUCUAUGACAGUUUAUAUACUCCAUUGUGAUAUUAUAUGAUGUACCGCUGCAAUUUUGGUGAAA